CGGAUCAAAUCCCUCCCGUUGACAAAGCCCAUACAUAAUUAUACGUGCUCGACAGGGAGGGCGACUCAACUACGCCUUAUUGGCGGCGAUACCUCCCCUCGCAGCUAUGUUCGGUAUCACGGCCUUGUCUACGGUGGUCUCCGCUCUCGCUACAACACUGGUUCAGUAUGGCAGAGGUCUCGCGCCCGGAAAGACACCUGAAUCACUGCAUUGCUACCCUUUCCUACCUGACCUGUUCCAGGACACACCUGCAUCGGCUGCACACCCGUUGAUGCAAGAGGCCUCGGCGAAGGUGGAUGCGUACUUGCGCGACCGCUUCCAGUCAGGCGCGGGCGACAUAGAGAGCAUCUCUGUGGCCGUAGUAACAUCACAAGGGGCCAUAUACGAGAACAAUCUAGGGAAGUUGAGGAACAACGGCUCAGAUGUCGACCGUGCGUCCUCGCCACCCACUAGCAGCCAUGCGAUGUACCGGAUGGCGAGCGUGUCCAAGCUAUUUGAGGCUGUUGAAGCGCAUGCCCUCAGGCAGAAAGGUGCUCUCUCGUGGGAUGAUCCAGUGUCCAAAUACCUACCCGACUUCACCUAUCGCUUGGAUGGAUAUUCACCUAGUAAUGCCGGUCCGCCUCUGGAGGAAGAGCCAAUUACUCUGCGCCACCUCGCUACCCAUCUGUCUGGACUGGGUCACGACUGGCCUCCCGGUGAUGUCUCUCAAUGGCCUUCCUCAGUCGAAGGAGCUGGUGCUCCGCCAACAAACGGACUGCCAUUUCCUACCAUCGAAGCUGUCCUGGCUUCCGUCGCUGCCAACCGCUUGAUAUAUCUCCCGGGUUUCUACCCCUCGUAUUCCAACACUGCUACGGGUAUGUUAGGCCCUGUGCUCGUCGCUGCAAAUCGCGUUGCUUCGAGUGAUCCUAGCAAAGAGCCGUCCCAGUAUGCUGAUCUCGUAAAGCGGGAUGUGUUCGAUCCUAUGGGUCUUAAUGGCAGCCAUUUCCUGGCGACGGAGGAAAACAAGCAUUUACUUGUCGUGCCUUCGUUUGAGUCUUCUCUUGCUGACUUCGACUUCUUGGACGCCAUGAACGGUGCAGGAGGGCAAUGGUGCUCACUUUCCGACGCAAUCACCUUCACAUCGACGUUACUCAAUCCCCGUAACCCCAAGAGUGUCCUGACGCCGUACACGAUGCGCAACUGGUUGCACGCGACACACUCUUUCGAAGAGGACGACUGGACAGAAUCGGGUCUCAUCUGGGAGAUCAUCAAAGCGACGGACUCGAAUAACCGGUUACGUAGGGUUUACUGGAAACUCGGAGAGCUAUACAACUACCACAGUGCCAUCGCCAUACACCCAGGGACGUCCUACGGCGUCGUAGUCUUCAUGGCUGGGGCGUACAUGGACGCCGCCGCAAUCACCUACCACAUCUUCGAGAUCAUGCAGCCGUACAUCGACAGCGUGCUCGCGGAGCUCGCGACGGCCAUGUAUGUCGGUCGGUGGACGAGCCCAGAUGGGAUGAGCGCUGCGACAAUCACAAUAGAUCGUGGGACACUCUUCGCAGAGGAAUUCGUGCUGAACGGCACGAAUGCGAUGGAUACGUUCAACGCAUUCAACGGGCCUCCAGAGGUCGUGCAGGGCAAGCGCGGGAAGCGCUUCGCCCUGCGGCCGACUGGUCGGCGGGAUGAACUGCGCCUGGACACAGGAACGCCGCCAGUGAAUGGCCUGAAACACAUGAGCUGCUAUGCGUACUGGGUUGGCAUCGACGACUGGGGCAUGCACCAUGGUGCCCCUACGAACCUCAUCUACUUCACCGGCAGCGUGGAAGGGUGGGAGCAGGGGCGAGCUGAACAAAGGGUCCUCCACGUUCCGGCCAUGGACGGUCUCACAAUGCGUAGAUCUGAUUAGGUCGAACUAGGGGGCCCGAGUGAGCACUGGAGUACAUGGGACCUACUUAUGACGGGCUUACCGUUCCUAGUGCAGGUCCGCAGCAGUGGCUCUAAGCACUCAUAGAUGUUUCAUACCGUCGCUCCGCAACUACCAUGUUAU